GCGCUCUUGCGGACGCCGGCGUUUGUGAACCGGAGAAUCAAUUAUUUCAUCCAGCGGGGCGGGUACGUUUCCCACCGGUUACUGCAGAUUGAGGGGGACCGGAAUAGUUGCGAUACGUUGGAGUUGCUGGAGGAUGCGGUUUUGUUGAAAGAAAAUUUGUCGCUGAACACGACCGG